ACUGAAAAACGAAGACGCUCUCUCUCUCUCUCUCUCUCUUCCUACUCCUUUGCUUUUAAAUAGCCCAACUUAAGAGCUUCUCUUCCAUUUCUAAAUCCUGUUCCUCUGAAGUCUUCUCUUUUGUUUGUGGGUCUAAGGGAAAGAAGCUGAACUAAUGUUUAGAACAUUGUUGUAGUGAAAAUUUAGAAACAUAAAAUAAAUAAAAACUCUAGAAGACAUUAAACCCUUUUUGGUGUCAUGAUGAAAAGACUAAGCAGCUCAGAUUCAAUGUGUGGUCUAGUCUCCAAUUCUCCAGAUGAGCAGAGUCCACGAGGGUACGGAGGUAAUUUCCAGUCUAUGCUCGACGGCUACGAAGAAGACGGCACAAUAGUCGAGGAAUAUUCCGGCAACCACCACCACAUGGGCCUGUCGGAGAAGAAGAGGAGGCUGCGUGUUGACCAAGUCAAAGCUCUCGAGAAGAAUUUCGAGCUUGAGAACAAACUCGAGCCCGAGAGGAAAACCAAACUAGCGCAAGAGCUUGGUCUUCAGCCUCGCCAAGUGGCGGUUUGGUUCCAGAACCGCCGUGCACGGUGGAAGACAAAACAGCUCGAAAAAGACUACGGCCUUCUCAAGAGCCAGUACGACUCUCUCCGCCACAACUUCGACUCGCUCCGCCGCGACAACGAUUCUCUUCUCCAAGAGAUUAGUAAAAUGAAAGGUAAGAUCAACGGAGAAGAAGAAGAAGAUAACAACAACGUCAGGGCCACGACGGAGAGUGAUAUCUCCGCCGUGAAGGAAGAAGAAGAUCCGAUUCCUUCGUCUCCUCCUCAGUUUCUCGAACAUUCGACCGGUUUUAACUACCGGCGAAGCUUCACCGAUCUCCGUGAUCUUAUGCCCAACCCCGUCGUCGAAGCUGGAUCUUCCGACAGCUGCGAUUCGAGCGCUGUUCUAAACGAAGAAACCAGCUCGGAGAAUGGGAGAUUGACGCCGCCGGCGACGGUCGCCGGCGGAAGUUUCUUGCAGUUCGUGAAAACAGAGGAUCACGACGAGUUUUUUAGCGGCGAAGAAGCUUGUGGCGGGUUCUUCUCCGACGAGCAACCGCCGUCUCUGAAUUGGUACUCCGCGUCUGAUCACUGGACAUGAAUAGUCGUUGAUCGGAGGAGGAAGAACGAUCGGUGUACUGUUGGCUCUGUUAUCACUCUUCGUAGGAUAAAAACGGAAUAAUGAAAAAAUAAGGGGGCUAAAGUGUUAAUUAACAAUGUCGGGAGGGGUUUUCUCGAUUAGAGAAAAUUCAGAU